ACAAACCAACUACUCACUCACUCACUCAAGUAGUUCGGCUGGCCUCGAGCACGGGGCUCCCUCCUUGUUUUGUGUCGAGUAUGCACGGGGAUGGUAGGUGUCAUGAGUGGUGUGCAUUCCUCCUCCCCUCCCUGCCUUCACUUGGAUAUAUACUUGGAUUGACGAAACAGCAACGACCUGACAAGACCGAGAAAUGGAGGGAGGCAGCAGAGUAGUUGUAUUGACGAAGCCAUAGAAGGCACCAACCACAGCAAGCUAGCUACCUCGCUCAACCCAACCAAGCCAAGCCAAGCCAUAAUAAUUAAUACAAUAAUGGAAGUGGCCGCCGGUACUAGCAGCAGCGACGCGGCCGUGCUCGUCGCCCUGGCCGCCGUCCUCCUCGUCCUCACGCUGUCGGUGCUCACCACCAAAUUUCAAUGGCCCCGAAGCAACAGCAAACUGCCCCCGAGCCCAAUGGCACUCCCGCUCAUCGGCCACCUGCACCUCAUCCGCCCGCCACCGCACCGCGCCUUCGACCGCAUCCUCGCCCGCUACGGGCCCCUCGUCUACCUCCGCCUCGGCCCCUCCACCCACUGCGUCGUCGCCGGCACCGCUGAGGCCGCGCGCGACCUCCUCAAGUUCGAGGCCAGCAUCCCGGAGCGCCCGCUCACGGCCGUCACGCGCCACCUCGCCUACGACUCCGCGGGCUUCGCCUUCGCGCCCUAUGGCCUGCACUGGCGUUUCAUGAAGCGCCUCUGCAUGUCCGAGCUGCUCGGUCCGCGCACCGUCGACCAGCUGCGCCCCGUGCGGGAGGCCGAGCUGGCCGCCGUGCUGGGGGCGCUGCGCGCCGCGGCGGAGCGGGCCGACCCCAUCGACGUCAGCCGCCAGCUCAUCCGCAUGUCCAACAACGCCAUCAUGCGCAUGGUGGCCAGCGCGCUGCCGGGCCACAUGACGGAGGUGGCGCGGGACUGCGCUAAGCAGGUGGCCGAGGUCGUGGGGGCCUUCAACCUCGAGGACUACGUCGCACUCUGCCGCGGAUGGGACCUGCAGGGGCUCACGCGGAGGACGCGCGAGGUGCGCGACAAGUUCGACGCGCUGCUCGAGAUCAUGAUCACGGGCAAGGAGCAGGAACGGCGCUCGCCGACGACCGCCAAGGUAACCAAGGACUUGCUGGACAUCCUCAUGGACGCGGCGGAGGACGAGAACGCCGAGGUCAAGCUCACCAGGAAGAACAUCAAGGCCUUCGUUCUCGACAUCUUCACCGCGGGGUCAGACACGACGGCCACCAGCGUGGAGUGGAUGCUCGCGCACCUGAUCAACCACCCGGCCUGCAUGGACAAGCUGCGGGCGGAGCUGGACGCAGUGGUGGGCACGUCACGGCUGGUCGGCGAGAAUGACGUCGCGCAGCUGCCGUACCUGCAGGCCGUGUUCAAGGAGACCCUGCGCCUGCAGCCGCCGGCGGUGUUCGCGCAGCGGGAGACCAUCGAGCCGGUGCACGUCCGAGGCUACACCAUCCCGCCCAAGACCUCCGUCUUCUUCAACAUCUUCUCCAUCGGGCGCGACCCGGGGUGGUGGGAGGAGCCCCUCGAGUUCCGACCGGAGCGCUUCAUGCCCGGCGGCGCCGGCGCGACCGUGGACCCCAAGGGGCAGCACCUGCAGCUCAUGCCGUUCGGGAGCGGCCGCCGAGCCUGCCCCGGCAUGGGCCUCGCCAUGCAGGCCGUGCCGGCGUUCCUGGCCGCGCUGGUGCAGUGCUUCGACUGGGCGGUGCCGCUCCCGCAGGGUCAAUCCAAGGCGCCACCGUUGGACAUGGAGGAGGCCGACGGGCUUGUCGCCGCCCGGAAGCAGCCGCUCGUGCUCAUCCCCAUCCCGCGCCUCAAUCCGCUCCCCACAGCAACAGCUAGCUCCGUGAACUGAUCGAGGGCCUCAGUGUCCUCCCCGGAAGACUCUUGCGCCAUUAUGGAUUGAAAGCUGAAUUAUCACGAAUUUUGCAUUUGAAUUUUGUGCAAUUCGGAAUAAAACCAUAUCUAUAAUCUAAAAAAAACUAUAUCUAUAUCACACCGGGAACCAGCCGGGUUCCGAUCAUAAUUAUAGUCAUGGUUUGGAUUUUUGCCCAAAUCGGACAUCAGCCUGAAUGUAUCAUUUUCAACAGCA